AGCAAAGUGCGCAUGAGCGCUCUUCAACGCCAACGCCAAAGCCAGGCCAGCUCGGUGGGGCUCAGGGGGAUCAAGGCCGUUUGACCCUUGUAGACUGGAGCUGGAGCCGGGCAUAGACACAACUUCUGGCUCUUUGGGGCCGGGGCCUGCUCUCCGCAAUCUAGCCUCCUGUCCUUGGCCUGCCUAGACUAUCGGAAGCGGGGGUGGCCAGAACAUCCCCGUGAACCAGCAGCGCUCCAGACAGACUCCAGGAAGGGGCCAGGGCCGAUUGCACCAUAUCCGGUACACGUAGAGCAGGAAGAUGUCGGAGCCCAUGGCGAUGAGCUUGCUGGAAGACUGGUGCCGGGGCAUGGGACUGGACAUCCACAGGUCCCUAUUGGUUACUGGCAUUCCUGAGCACUGUAGCCAUGCAGAAAUCGAGGAGACCCUGAAUGGGGUCCUCUUGCCACUGGGCACAUACCGUGUGGUCAACAAAAUUUUUUUGCGGCAGGAGAACGUCAAAGCUGCGCUUGUUGAGGUUAGCGAGGGUGUGAACCUGAGCUCUGUACCUCGCGAGUUCCCGGGGAAGGGUGGUGUCUGGAAAGUGGUCUGCAGAGACCCCACCCAGGACGCUGAGUUUUUAAAAAAUCUGAACGAAUUCCUGGAUGGCGAAGGGCGCACUUGGGAGGACGUGGUACGUCUCUUGAGGCUCAACCAGCAUCCAUCGUUCCCGAACCCAAACCAGCCCCCACCAAACUGGGCAGAAGCCAUGGGGCUGCUCCUGGGUGCCGUCAUACAGGUUAUCUUCUACAUGAAUGCAGAAAUGCGUAAUCGGGAGGAAGAAGCGAGGGCCGAGGAGGCCGAGCUGAUGGCGACUUGGGCGUCAACAGCAAGGAGAAUGGUAAAGAAGGAACCCGGACUGGGUGUAGAGGUGGGCUCGACUUUCAAGAUGGAGGACCGAAACUACUGGAAGACUGCAGAGGACCGUGGUGACUCUCCAAAACCUCCAUUUCGCCGGGCUGGAGGUAAGAUUCGCUCCAGGAGAAGGAAGCAGAAAAAAAAUCCUAAACAAGAACCAAUAUGCUGGAGAAAACCCCAAGGCAACAAUUACAAUAAGGCGAAUUUAGAAGGCGCUGAAGCUGCAUCUGCCCGAAACUCAGAGAUCCCGGAGUCUGUCAAGAACAACAAAAAACCCUUUGUGAAGCAGGAGGAGACAGUUUGGAAGAAGAAAAGAGUCUGGAAGGAUCCCAACGAUCUUCCUCGGCGUUCACGGGCCACAACAGAGGGCCCUGGGAAUCUGGAGGACUCAGAUCAAGAGGGUGGUCCUGAGAGCCCUCCAAAGAAGAAAGCCAUGACCUGGGCCACAAAUAAGAUCCCUGCCCCCAUGAAGAAGAAGAAGAAGAUGGGCAUGGGCUCCCUCUCUUAUGUUCUGAUUGAUUCUGAAGCUACCAAGAACACGCCCGUGAUUCCCAAGAAAGGGCCUGGUUCUAGAAGGGCCAUGUUGGUUCAAAGGCCUCCUCGGGGGCCCCAACCUGCUAAUGCACCUGCUAAUGCACCUGCUAAUGCACCUGCUAAUGCACAUGCUUCAGCUUCCAGUGCUCAGAAGACCAAGCCAGGAGGCUUCCCUCAUGUCUCCAAAGAUUCCAGAAAGCUAUGAUUUGGGGAACCCUGCACCUGAGGAGGUGGAAGAGCAUUGAGAAAGAAGUUUCAAGUUGGAAGCCGACUUUUUCUUUGUGGUUGAAUGAAACGUGACUUUGGACUCUGUAGGGGCCUGUUAAGUGUGUGUGCUCUGACCCGCACAGGUAACGGGUAUAAGGCCUAAGGAGGCGUGUGUGCCGUGGUAACUCUGUCUUUUCCUCAGUGGGAGCUUCUUUUCAUCUCUGCUCACCCUCAAAGGCAGAAGAGGUGAUAAGUAGCUUUGGAAAAUGCUAGAACAUUCUUUCCCUUUUACCCACAAGAGGGCUCUUGGUUAUGUUUACCCACAUUUAGCCUUUAUUUUCCUCUACCCUCUGCUUUUUCUUCUGGAGGCCCAGCCCACUUGUAGAGCCUGAAGUCCCGAAGGGCAAGGUGGCCAUUUUGUCCCUUGCGCUGUAAGCAUUCGGUAAGUCAGGCCUUGCUCUUCGAAGCUUGCUUUGUGUACUUCAGCUUCGGUCCUUCAGCAGCCUAGCCAGAAGUUGGUUAGGUCCCAAGAGUUAGUUCUGGAGAAAACCCAAAUAUCUACUUGCCCUUGAAUUCUUCAGAUUUCAGAAUCUUUAAAAAACAAAAAAACAAAAAACAAAACGGAGGGCAGGGGAGAUGGCUCAGAAGGAGAGAGGACUUGCAGUGUAAACACAAGGACCUAAAUUCUAAUCCUCAUGUAAAAAGGUCCUGCAUGGACGGAAUUCUAUUCUCUGAAUUUAGUGCCAUUAAGUCUGACCAUGCUGCCCUGCACCUCUGUGUGUGUGAAGGAGAGAGAAUGGUGUCUUCACCAUCUGUGGUUUCUAAGCUACAUCCUGGGGACUCUUUUUUUCAUGUUUAGCAGCACGAAAGAGAUGCUGGAGAUAUGACUCAACGAGAAAAGGGGCAGGGGCUUGCCACCAAGUUCGAGUCCCUGGGUUCAAUCCCCAACACCCACAUAAUGGAGAGAGAGAAGCAACACCCCUGAUCUCCACAAUUAUUUCAUGGGCACAAGUACGCCCCCAGGAAAUAAAUAUAAUAAAACAUUUUAACAUUCAGAAGAAGCAGCUAUGGUGACACGUGGCAUGUGGAGGUUGAGGCAGGAGAAUUGCUAUGAGUUCAAGGCCAGCUUGGGCUAUAGAGUGAGACCCUGCCUCAAAAUGAAUAAGUAAUUAAGAACAUUUUGUUUAAAGUGUAGAAAAAUGAAAACUCAACUGUGUUGUAAUCCAAAAUAUCUAAAAUAUUCCCUUGUGUGUAUAGGAUAACUGUAACUAGCCAUUGACUCUGUAUUUUGUAUAUAGUUGUAUUUUUCUGUGUAUGUGUGUGUCCAUCUGUGCAUGUGUGUGUAUGUGGAGGCAGAGGGUUACUUUGGGUGUCACUCCUCAGCCACCACCCACUUUUUUAUGAGACCCAGUCUCUCACUGUCCUGAAACUGGCUAGGAGGCUGGCGGGGCAGUGGACCCCAGGGAUGCCCUCCCCGCCCCAGAACUGGGGCUACAAGCCUGUGUUACAACGUUAACUUUUUGUUUGUGUUUGCACAGGUUUUGGGGAUCAAAAUCAGAUCCUUCCUCUUGCAACAUAGUUUUCUAAUGAGGUGUCGGGUGUGUGUGUGUGUGUGUGUCCCACUCUCUAAGUUUCUUGUAGGUGUGAACUUUGAGGAGAAAGGUCGGAAGGGAGUGGAAGGGAUCUGGUCCCCUGCAUGUCCUGUAACACAAUAUCCAAAAUGAGUCUGCACCUGUGUGUGUUUCGCUUUCCCGUUCAGCUGUGACAGCGAGGUCCCUUGCUAACCUGUGCUAACCUGGUACACAGCAGGCUUUCCGUCCUGGACUGCCAGCCCUCGUGAGUUUUCAUGCCCUUUUCCCCACUGCAGAUUUCUCGACCCAGAAACUGCGAUCAGUUGUUAAACAUUUGUCAGUGAAUCAGUCAGCCGCCAGCCGCUUUUCCUGUGAUAAUCCUUGAGACCCCUUCGUGGAAGUAGCUCAUUGAUACAACGAUCAGUGACUGUAAAUGUGUGAGUGUAAAAUAAAGUUGUG